CACAAAUUGCACGCUUCUUCAAUGGGGUCAAGAUGACAAGAAAAUGCGUCUUUCUGUGUAAAAAUGUACUACGAGGAACCCCUGUGAGAGGAGAUAUUUUCAUAUAUGUACAAAGGCGCUAUCUCAAGCAUCUGUCAAGCGGAGGAUGGAGCGUUCUAGUCAGUUCAAGCCAACGCCUGUCAUUGGAGAGUUAUUAAACAUAUCAAGCAACGAUUCAAAUUCAAAUUACACUCCGAAGGCAGUGGAAAAAGAAGCAAAUCUUGCGUUUCAAGCAAGUGUUGCUAUUAUUUUAGCGUUAUUAACUUUUGCCACAACAUUAUCAAAUGCUUUUGUUAUUGCCACAAUUUAUCAAUCAAGGAAGCUUCACACGCCAGCGAAUUUGUUGAUUGCAUCCCUAGCAUUUACAGAUUUGUUGGUUUCAAUUCUGGUGAUGCCAAUAAGUGCUCUGUACACGGUGAGUCAAACAUGGACGUUGGGGCAAGUUAUGUGCGAUAUUUGGUUAUCCUCAGAUAUAACAUGUUGCACAGCAUCUAUUUUACACCUGUGCGUGAUUGCUUUGGACCGUUACUGGGCAAUAACUGAUGCGGUAGACUAUGCCAAAAAACGGACCUCGGCGCGCGCAGCGGGGAUGAUUGCUACUGCCUGGGUGAUAUCCAUCUCCAUCUCUCUACCUCCAUUCUUCUGGCGUCAGGUCAAGGCUGAGGAGGUGACUAGUUGCGCCGUGAACAGUGAUCACGUUUUCUACACUAUUUAUUCUACUUUUGGUGCGUUCUACAUACCAACGUUUCUUCUCAUAGCUCUCUAUGGUAGGAUAUACGUCGAAGCUCGGAAGAGAAUUUUGAAACAGUCGCCUAAAAAAACUGGGAAACGGCUCACUUCGGCUCAUUUGAUCACUAACUCACCAGGGUCUGUGGCAUCCACUACGUCUCUGAAUUAUGGAACGCAUGAAACGUCGUCCUGCGACACAAUUUCACCAGCCAAUGCAAACCAGGUGAAAGUCACCGUGUCGGAUGCCCUUUUGGAAAAGAAAAGAAUCUCGGCUGCCAGAGAAAGAAAGGCAACUAAAACUUUAGGCAUCAUUUUGGGGGCCUAUAUAAUAUGCUGGCUUCCAUUCUUCAUCUACACGUUAGUAGCAGGGAUGUGUAAAACCUGCCCUUUUCACCUUGAGUUAUUUGACGCUUUCACCUGGCUGGGCUACCUUAACUCGUUAAUAAACCCAAUAAUUUAUACCAUGUCCAAUGAGGAUUUCAAGAAGGCAUUUCACAAACUCAUAUCCUUCAAGUGCUGCAGGCAGUGACAUUGCAGCCCAUAUUGAUGCUGGUUAUUAUGGCCCAUUCUGUUCGUUCUGUUCGUGAUGUGAGUGAACUCCAACAGGAGAAUGUUUGCAUAUGUUGCUCCUUACCCACUAAAACACAAAAUUGAUAACAAUAAACAGGUAAUAAGAAUUCAUAUGUAUAUUCACUGUCACUGAUACAUGGUAAAUGUAAAGAUAUUUUGGAUAUUCACUUAAGAUCUAACUUCUAACAUCUAGAUACUUUAUCUUGAAUUACAAUUAAGCAUGCAUGUUUUGCAAUGGUCAAGUAAA